AUGAGCUGUGGCACCAAAUCUUCGACCAGUACCAUUAGAAUUAGUAGUGGAGGAGGAGGAGGAGGUGGUGGUGGUGGAAGAUGCAGUGGUGGAGGUGGUGGAGGGGGUAGGUCUGGUGGAUACUCCUCAGUGUCCUCAAGAAAAUACACCUCUUCUGGAGGCAGCGGGGGCUUUUCUGGGAGAAGCUUUGGUGGAGGAGGCUCCAGGACCAGCUAUGGGGGAGGCUUUAGCAGUGGCAGCUGUGGCAGGAUCAGCCGCAGCAGCUAUGGGGGCAGAAUGAGUGGUGGCAGUUAUGGAGGAGGAAUGAGCUGUGGAAGUAUGGGAGGAGGACUUGGAUCAGGAGGGGGUGGAUUUGGGGGCAUGGGAGGUGGUUAUGGAGGAGGUGGAUUUAGUGGCUUUGGGGGUAGUGGUGGCUUUGGUGGUGGUGGCAGCUAUGGAGGAGGCAGUUUUGGUGGCAUGGGCUUUGGGGAGGAUUCUGGCUUGCUCUCCACAAACGAGAAGCUGACCAUGCAGAACCUCAACGAUCGCCUGGCGUCGUACAUGGAUAAAGUGCGACGCUUGGAGGAGGAAAAUUCCCAACUUGAGCAGCUGAUCAGGGAGUGGUACAAAAGUCAAGCUCCCUCUCAGAACAAGGAUUACAGCCAAUAUUACAGGACAAUUGAAGAGCUGCAAAACCAGAUUGUUGGUGCCAAUGUGGACCUCAACAGGAUGCUUCUUGACAUGGACAACACCAGAAUGACUGUGGAUGACUUCAGACUGAAGUAUGAGACUGAAUAUACUCUCCACCAGAGUGUGGCAAGUGAUAUCAAUGGAUUACGCCCACUUUUGGAUCAACUGACUCUGUCCAGAUCUGACUUGGAGACACAGUUUGAGUCCCUGAAAGAGGAACUGAUCUUCCUGAAGAAGAACCAUGAAGAGGAAAUGAGAGGACUGCAAGGCCAGUCUGGUGGAGAUGUCAAUGUGGAGGUCAAUGCUACUCCUGGCAUUAACUUAAUGGAAAAAUUGAAUGAAAUGCGCGGCGAGUACGAGAGGCUCAUUGAGAACAACCGGAAGGAGGUGGAAAGCUGGUAUGAAACCAAGAUGGAAGAAGUUAAUCAACAAGUCCACUCCAGUGGCCAGGAGAUACAAUCAAGCAACCAGCAGAUCUCUGAGCUGAGGCGUGAAUAUCAGAGUCUGGAAAUUGAGCUGCAGUCGCAGAUCAGCAUGAUUGACUCUCAGAAAUCCAACCUGGAAGACACGGAACGCCGUUACAACAUGCAGCUGCAGCAGAUCCAGGGCAUGAUCGGGCCCUUGGAGGAGGAGCUGGCCAGCAUCCGCUGUGAGAUGGAGAGCCAGAACGAGGAGUACAAGAUGCUCCUGGGCAUAAAAACCCGCCUGGAACAGGAGAUCCAGCAGUACCGGGCACUCCUGGAGGAGGGACAGCAGGACCUUGUAAUCCCAGCAGGAGGAAUGGGAGGAGGCAUGGGAGGAGGCAUGGGAGGUGGUAGAAUUGGAGGUGGUGGCUAUUCUGGAGGAGGAAGAGGAGGAGGUGGUGGCAUGAGUGGUGGCUAUGGAGGUGGUGGCAGUGGAAUGGGAGGAGGAAGCUGUGGAGGAGGAAUAGGAGGAGGAAGUGGAGGAAUGGGAGGGGGAAGUGGAGGAAUGGGAGGAGGAAGCGGUGGUGGAUGCAUUGGAGGAGGAGGAGGAGGAAGAACCUCAGGAGGCAUCAGCAGUUCCCACUCCUACUCUUCAUCUUCCCAGUCCCAGGCCUGCAGGAGUGGUGGCGAAAGCCAAGGAUACGGAAGAAAAUCUUUUGACUAAGAAUUUACAUCAAGGAUCCUCCAGUGCAAGACCUUUCAAAAAGAAACUGGCCCAAAUCCGCUGCAUUCCCCCCACUCCCAAGGAAAGUUGAUGCUCUGAACAGUUCCUGGGAGGUGCAGAUGCCACCUCUCCCCCUGCCCUGCAUGCUCUGUGCUGCUUCUGCCCACAAAGCUCUGCAGCUUUGGUCAUUGGCACUUAAA